AUGGGGAUUAUACAUCUACGGGAUCAUCAGAGGUUUAGCCAGGCUGACAUUGAACACUUUAAGAAGGCAUUACCUAAGUCUAAAGGCCGAAUUUUGAGAUUGUCUACCAAUUGGACUGCUGAUCCUCACAAAUUCCUGGGACUUCAAAAGGUGGAUCUGAGGUGUUGUUUUGCUGGUGAAGCCCGAUUGUGGGAUCCCGAAGGGUUAAUAACCUUUAAGGAUGUGGCUGUGGACUUCACCCAGGAGGAGUGGUACCUGUUGGACUAUUCUCAGAAAGAGCUCUACCUGGAGGUCAUGCAGGAGAAUGUGCAGAAUCUACACUCUGUGGGGCUUCCAAUUCGUAGAGAAGAUUUUAUCUCCUGUUUUCAGCAAGGGGAAGCACCAUGGCUGCUAGAGCGAAAAGGCCCAAGGAGCUCCUGUCCAGAUGCAGAAACUAAUUUUGAAGUGAGGAAGAUAUCAACCAAGCUGAGCCAUUUUGUGGAAGGAUCUGACCCCCAAAGAUACAUGAAUGAAGGAUUCUCUGGCUUCAUUUUGAGAGAAAUCUGUGACUCUAAUAUCAAGGGAAAUAGAAAUCCAAAGAGUGACUCUGAAUUUGAUGAAACUGCAGAGAAAUUCAGCCAAUAUUCAGACCUAAAUCAAUACACCAAAUUGGCUUCAGGAAAGGAUUGUUGUCAGGCUUUUACAAUAAGAAGAUGUCUUGCCAUACAUCAGAGAAUCCACACUGGAGAGAAACCUUAUGAAUGUAAACACUGUGGAAAGGCUUUCAUACAGAGGGGCCAUCUUGCCGCACAUCAAAGAAUCCACACUGGAGAGAAACCUUAUGAAUGUAAACAAUGUGGAAAGGCUUUUACUCAGAGGAGCGGUCUUGCUGUACAUCAGAGAAUCCACACUGGAGAGAAACCUUAUGAAUGUAAACAGUGUGGAAAGGCUUUCACUCAGAGCAGUGGUCUUGCUGUACAUCAGAGAAUCCACACUAGAGAGAAACCUCAUGAAUGUCAACAAUGUGGAAAGGCUUUCACACAAAGGAACAAACUUGUUUCACAUCAGAGAAUUCACACUGGAGAGAAACUUUAUGAAUGUAAAUACUGUGGAAAAGCUUUCACUUGGAGUAGCCGUCUUGCUGCACAUCAGAGAAUUCACAAUGGAGAGAAACCUUAUAAAUGUAAACAGUGUGGAAAGAUUUUCAUUCAUAGUUACAGACUUACUGCACAUCAGAGAAUCCAUACUGGAGAGAAACCUUAUGAAUGUAAACAAUGUGGAAAGGCUUUUACUCAAAAGAGCGGUCUUGCUGUACAUCAGAGAAUCCACACUGGAGAGAAACCUUAUGAAUGUAAACAGUGUGGAAAGGCUUUCACACAGAAGAGCAGUAUUGCUGCACAUGAGAGAAUCCAUACUGGAGAGAAACCUUAUGAAUGUAAACAAUGUGGAAAGGCUUUCACUCAGAGCAGUGGUCUUGCUGCACAUCAGAGAAUC